GACAUCAUGUCUCCUGCACUGGCACUGAUCGUUGAUUCUGUUACUUACCGGCAUUUCUCCAUAGCAAGCCCUGUUCUCCACUCGACCACAUAAAAAAUGGCCACAGCAAUGCCAGUCUACUUCCCUUCCCUGUAUGACGAGAGUGUCUUCAACUCGCCAGAGACUUAUUUUAACAUCUGGAAGAAACUUGGGAUAACGUUCAAUGACAACUUUGACAUUGUCAGAGGAGAGGUCUCACGCUGGCCUCCUGGUCUAGCUGAUCUUAGUUAUAAUCCAAUGUCCUUUUUCUCAACACAUUAUCAGGAAGAUCUCAGACCCCGAACAAGCUUUUCUGACAAAUUAUGUGAGCUGGAGAUCCAGCUUAAGGAGAUAGAGCUUCUUAGUUUAACAGAAGAUUGGUGUGAUGGUCAAAAAUAUAACUUUUUGAAGGCAAAAAAGGAGCAGCUAAUCCAUUAUAUGAAGGGCAUGCAGGCUCACGAGAAAACGAAACAAGCUUCUUUACAAAGAAAAGUUGUUUACCUGUUACGUCCUGUGAAUAGACUGCAAAAUAAAAAGUAAUUUGUUGAA